GAUCCAUCAUAGAUAUCUAGGCUGGGCUUUAUAUAAACCGGGAAAGGGAAGAGAGUCCUAACAUACUGCAAGGCCAAACGAGCUAAAGAAAAACACAGUUUGCACACAGACACACGCUCGGUCACACAGGGGCUGGAAAAACUCACUUCUCCACCUUCGCCUUGAGCAUGUUCUUUUGAAACUCGUCUUAAAAAUACAUUUUUAUUUAUUGAGAAAAACGAAAGGGGGAAAUAACUUGAAUUAAAAGGGCAAUCGAGACGAAUUCGCCUGGUAUUGACUUUUUUUUAACUGGGUGUCAUAAGUCUUAAUAUAAUCUCUGGUUUUGAUGUACGUUAGCUUGGAGGUAAAGAUGUGAAUUUUUAAAUCCUCUUGUUAAGCGAGAAAUUACGGUCUCUAUAAAGUAUGUUUCACAUUGGUGUCUGAAAACAUAGCUACUGAAACGUCCAUAAAUUUCCUUCUAUUCAAACCAGAUGUUUUCGUAAAAUCUCAACCAGCAGUGAUCGCUGUACACUCAUAUUGCGAGAAUUUAGCAGCCUGGUAACGGUGAAUGGAAACCUAGCUUUAGGUGGUAGCACUAUUUUUAAUAUAGCAAAUUGACAGCAUGACAUUUAAUCACGAGAGAGAGAGAAAACGUAACAAAACACUUUGGUUCAACUGGCCCAAUUGAGAAAGUUCAUAAAACGGACUGUUAGAUUUCAAAAGCGGAGUUUGGAUCAGUGCCCAGAUCAGAAACAUUUAGCCAUAAAUAUAUCUGUUCAAAUAGUUUUGCAGAUGGUUCUCCUGUAGAUGAAAUUAGUAGUUUUCCGAUCAGAGUUCACUGUAAACGUGAUUUUUGAAACGAAAUUAGGAAUAACCCAGGAUACAUGAUCAGACAUGGCAUCUGCUGUAGUGUUUGGUGGAGGCUAUUCAUGUCAUUCCCUUUUGAGUGUGUAAGAUGGAUCCAUGGCCGUUCCACUAUUAUUGUGUGGUUCUUCUAACCUUAGGUCAACUGCCAAGAGGCUAUUGGAAGAAAACGUCACGUGAAUCGGGCUGCCAAUGUUAUUCGAUAAGGGUGUCAGGACCCUGACAGUUUGUGAAAUAAAUAUUGGGAAACUGCGAGAUGCAAAAAACGACAUACUGCGACAAUUCUACUCUAUUCGGUGGUUACAUAUACCAGGGAGCAAAUGGGUUCAGCUAUGAGGUGGCUCAACAGCCCUACCCACCAUCUUCUCACGUCGAGAGUGAUUACCAGAGGUCUGCUUGCUCUCUGCAGUCAGCUGGUGCCAAUGUUCCACAUCCCAAAUCUAAAGACAUCAAUGGCAGCUGCAUGCGUUCCAGCCUCCCUGAUCACCACCAACCUCCUCCACCUGUGUCACCUCCCCAAAACCCCAGCAACAACUCGACACAGGCAAGCACCAGCAAGAGUCUGCCCAAAUCUUCCCACACCUCCACACCCAACCUCACCAAACAGAUAUACCCAUGGAUGAAAGAGUCGCGACAAGCGUCCAAGCAGAAAAAUAACAGCUGUCCCAGCACAGCAGAAAGUGUCAGUGGGGACAAAAGCCCGCCGGGUUCAGCUUCCAAAAGAGCGCGCACUGCCUACACGAGCGCGCAGCUAGUGGAACUGGAGAAGGAAUUCCACUUUAACCGUUACCUUUGCAGGCCUCGACGGGUCGAGAUGGCCAAUCUGCUCAACCUCAGUGAACGUCAGAUCAAAAUCUGGUUCCAGAACCGCCGGAUGAAAUACAAAAAAGAUCAAAAGACAAAAGGCAUGGUGGGUUCUGGAGGACAGUCACCCACGGGAAGCCCACCUCUCUCUGUCCCGGCCCCCGGAGGCUUUGUCAACACCAUGCAUUCAAUUCCAAACAACUCUGUCUACGAUGCCCCUUCACCGCCACCUUUCAGCAAACCUCAUCAGAACGCUUAUGCCAUGCCCAGCAGUUACCAAAACCCGAUGAAAAAUUGCCAGACACAGCAGCAGAAAAGAUAUACUGGGACUGCACCAGAUUACGACCCCCAUGUUCUGCAGGCCAACACCAACUACGGAACUCCAAACAUGCAGGCAAGUCCUGUGUACGUUGGCGGGAACUAUGUGGAAUCCAUGUCAUCUUCUGGCCCUUCUCUCUUCGGCCUCAAUCAUCUUCCGCACCCUCCACCCACAAACAUGGACUACAACGGCGCCACUCAGAUGGCUGCCAGUCAGCACCAUGGACCUUGUGACCCUCAUUCAACCUACACAGACCUUUCAACGCAUCAUCCUUCUCAGGGAAGAAUCCAAGAGGCUCCCAAGCUGACCCAUCUGUAGCAGGCACAAAGAUGGACGCUUCGUUAAGAAAGAGAAAUAAAAACACUUGUUUUUUUCAUUUUAUCAUAAUAUCUCUACAGCCCAUUCCCUUCUUAGCAUCUAUUUCGUAUCCAUGUACUCUUGUCUUAUAUUAUUAAUAUGUUGCGUACAUUACCCACUCGCCAACCCCCGCUAUGUAGAAUGUCUAUCAUAAUCCAUUACAGCCCUUAAAUCAUUAACUAUGUAAUGCAACUGCUAAAAUUCCACACCCUCCCUUACUUGGACUUAACGUGAAACAGGGUAAACGGACAAACCUUCUGUCCUUUAAAAUUAAGCAAAAGAAAAGAUGUUUUUAGAGUAUUUACUGAUGAUUGUUUUUUUCCUACGGACACCUGUAUUGCACUUAACGUUUACAUUUCAGUGGGUUAAAAACAGUCCAUAAAAGGUGACUUCUUCCAACUCAGUCAUGAAGGUAUUUGAACUGAGUGGAUAGCGCGUCCUUCAAUAUGUGUGUAUUCUGGUGAACACUCAAAUAUAUUUAUGGAUUAAUGCCAGGAAAAUAUUUCUUUUUGUAUUAUUUAUCCCGACAAUACGUAUUUAUAUAUUAAAAAAAGUUGAAAAAAUGUACUUUUUAGUAUUUACCUGUCGAGGCAGUUGUGUUCAUGUCACGGUAAACAAGUUUAUUUUAGUUUAUGUAAACUAGAAACGAAAAUGUAGUUUUCUGUUGCCAUGUACCUACAAAUAAUGUAAUUAGUCAUACUGAAGGCAUGAGGGCGGAAUCGGACAGUAAUGUAUAGUCUUGAUUUAGAAAAAAAAAUAGGAAUUUCUCCUUUCUGAGACCCCCUUGCCUUCUUUGUAGCUAUUUUCCUUCCUGAGAGUUGUCUGCCAAACAAUUCUGGAAUAAAUCUGUUAUCAGAUUC